AAACUUACUUGCCAUUACAACUGUAAACACACAACACCACCACAACCACAACCAGCUCCCAGCCUCCUUGACCUUUCUUGACGAUCGGAGAAAAUGGUGACCGUCGAGGAAGUUCGCAAGGCUCAGCGGGCAGAGGGUCCGGCCACAGUCUUGGCCAUUGGGACUGCAACUCCUCCCAAUUGUGUUGAUCAGGCCACCUACCCUGACUACUACUUCCGUAUCACCAACAGUCAGCACAAAACUGAGCUCAAAGAAAAAUUCCAGCGCAUGUGUGACAAAUCAAUGAUCAAGAAGCGUUACAUGUACUUGACUGAAGACAUUCUAAAAGAGAACCCAAGUAUGUGCGAGUACAUGGCACCUUCCCUCGAUGCCAGGCAGGACAUGGUGGUUGUUGAAAUUCCAAAACUCGGCAAAGAAGCUGCCACCAAGGCCAUUAAGGAAUGGGGCCAGCCCAAGUCCAAAAUUACCCAUUUGGUCUUUUGCACCACCAGUGGUGUGGACAUGCCUGGGGCGGACUACCAGCUCACCAAGCUCUUGGGCCUACGCUCAUCCGUCAAGCGCCUCAUGAUGUACCAACAGGGAUGUUUUGCCGGCGGCACGGUGCUCCGGUUGGCCAAGGACUUGGCCGAGAACAACAGGGGUGCCCGUGUUCUCGUUGUGUGCUCGGAGAUCACAGCGGUCACCUUCCGUGGGCCCAAUGAUACCCACCUUGACAGUUUAGUGGGCCAGGCCUUAUUUGGUGAUGGUGCAGCAGCUAUUAUUGUGGGUGCGGACCCAAUUCCGGAGAUCGAGAAGCCCCUGUUUGAAGUGGUGUCAGCAGCCCAAACCAUCCUUCCCGACAGUGAUGGAGCCAUCGACGGACAUCUCCGUGAAGUUGGGCUUACAUUUCAUCUGCUCAAGGAUGUUCCCGGGCUUAUUUCGAAGAACAUCGAGAAGAGUCUGAACGAGGCCUUCCAACCUUUGGGCAUCUCGGAUUGGAACUCACUAUUCUGGAUUGCACACCCAGGUGGCCCAGCAAUUCUUGACCAAGUAGAGUCCAAAUUAGCCCUGAAGCCUGAGAAAUUAGAGGCGACAAGACACAUACUAUCUGAGUACGGAAACAUGUCCAGUGCCUGUGUGCUAUUUAUUUUGGAUGAGGUAAGGAAGAGGGCUACCAAGAAAGGACUAAAAACCACAGGAGAUGGACUGGAUUGGGGUGUGCUGUUUGGGUUUGGACCAGGACUCACUGUUGAGACCGUGGUGCUUCACAGCGUGGGCCUGAAUGCUUGAAGCCAUCAUCAGCAACAUCCGUGUUGUUGAAUUUUAUGCAUCUGCUUCGUUGGUGUAUUAUGGAUUGCUUCUACUUUUCUGGCUAGUUUUCUGUGUUUUUGGAUGUUGGAAACGUGUGUGGACAAUGGGCAUCAUGGGGUACACUAUAGUGCAGUGGUUGUGUUUACUUUCAUGCUGCUUAGCUUGCCACAUCGGUGUUUCUGACCGAAAAAAAAAGCUUACGGCAUCGGUGAAAUCAAAAAGGAACCAUGUAACGACUUACAUAUUGAUGAAUAAUAUAUAUGUUCCAAGCAAUUCAUGCCA